GAAUGGAAUGGCGGGAUACGAAUAGCAUGACGUCCCAAGACACUGACUAGUGAGUGAGUUCAAUGGUAGAGUCGACCUCAGAGACGAGAGGUUACUUGGGAGCUGUGAUCAAUAUCACAUAAAAGACGUCUUCUCCCACGCUUCAAACUGAAUCAUCACACUCAUCACUCCACAAGCAUCACAACAGCUUUACAAUCAACACUCUCACACACAACAACAACACCAAUCUAUCACCAUGAAGUACAGCACCGCUCUCGCUUUCGCCCUCUCGGCCUCUGGUGCUCUCGCUGCCCCUACCACAUACGCUGCCCCAGCCGACGAUGGCACAAAGCCCUCCCAAAAGGUCUGCACGGCCUACCGUGCAUACAGAACAUGCCAGGGCCAGCCAAGCGCCAACCAGUCCUUCUGCGCUUCCCAGUUCGCCGGAGCCGCCCAGGUCCAGCCAUACGAGGGCUCCGGCAAGACUACUUCAGUAGCCCCAGAUGUCUACUUCGCCAACCUGCAGAAGAACUGCCCAGCUGCCCAGCCUAAGCCAACAUCUUCUGCUGCUCCAGCACCAUCCAAGACCCCAGCUGCCCAGCCACCUGCAGACAAGCCAGCUGACAAGGGCUACGGUUCUUACGGUACCUACGAGAAGUACCCAACCCACUACGCAAGCUACGGAAAGUACGACUACAAGACCUACCAGAACUACGGAUCGUACAAGAAGGAGUAGAAUUUGAAUCGAUAACGAUUCAACAAGCAUGAUAGAAUAUUGACUGGGAUUUCUGGCGCAUAAUUGCAUAAAGCGAUGCAUUGACGAUCUUUAACGAGCUUGACGACAAACCGAGCAACGACCCUCAUUGGCAAAUAGAGUAAUGCAUAAACAGCAUGUAUAUAUAAAAGUAGUGGAAACAGUUUCACAACCUA